CUCUUGUUCUGGGUCUCGUACAGCAUCGUUUACGCUUUUUGGAUUUCUCCUCUGCGUCAUUUCCCCGGCCCAAAGCUAUGGGCCAUUUCACGAAUCCCCAUGGGCAUCUCCGUUCUACGUGGUCAUAACCAUCUAGACAUCACGGCUCUCCAUGCCCGGUACGGCCCAGCUAUUCGGAUUUCUCCAGGCGAGCUUGCUUUCAACACUGCCCAGUCCUUCCGUGAUAUAUAUGGAUAUAGACCUGGCGGCUGCUUUCAGAAAGACCGCAACCACUACCUGCCGCCUGUCAAUGGUGUUGAUCAUUUGCUAUGUGCGGUUGACGAUGCCGACUACACACGACAGAAACGGUUGUUGGCCCAUGCCUUUUCUGAUAAAGCGUUGAGGGACCAGGAAGGAUUGAUUAGAGGCUAUGUCGAUACGCUGAUUAAUAAAUUGCGGUUGGGUGUCAAGCAUGAGGAUUCCCUAGUUGACCUCAAAUCUUGGAUGAACUUUACCACUUUCGACAUUACUGGGGAUCUGAUGUUCGGGGAGUCCUUUGACUGUCUCAAUAAUAGCCAGCUCCACCCUUGGAUCGAGUUGAUUUUCGGCUCCCUGAAACUGCUGGCGUUUUAUACUGUUUUCAACCAGUUUCCAUCAAUCAAGAGAAUCUUGGACCUCUUGAUUCCUGCUGAAUUCAAGCAGAAGAGUCAGGAACACUUUGAUCUGACUGCACAGAAGGUUGAUCGCCGGUUGGAAAAAAGGAUGGGCCGUCCGGAUUUUAUAUCGGCCAUUCUUCAGAAUGGGCUUGGUGAUGAGACGGGUCAGCAUUUUGAAAGCAAGAGGACAAUGACAAGAGCCGAGAUUCAUUCCAAUGGUUUUAUUCUUAUAAUAGCAGGUAGCGAGACCUCUGCAACUCUUUUGUCUGGCUGUAUGUUUUUCCUGUGUACACACGCAGAAGUCAUGAGGGGGCUGGUUUCUGAAAUCCGGACUGCCUUUGAGAAAGAAAGCGACAUAAAUUUCCGCAGCCAGAGCGGUUUGACUUAUCUCGAAGCUGUAAUCGAGGAGUCCCUGCGCAUGUUUCCACCGUUCGUGACCAGCCUCGCCAGAGUUGCGCCGCAGAACGGAGCACUUGUCAACGGCCAAUUCGUGGCAGCGGGAACAAUAGUAUCAUGCCACCACUAUGCCUCGUACCACUCGGAAUCGAACUUCGCCUUCCCAGACCGCUUCAUGCCAGAGCGCUGGCUGGGAACAAACCCGGUUUUUGAAAAUGACCAAAAGGACGUCUUGCAGCCUUUUAGUCUCGGUCCUCGGGGAUGCCUUGGCAAAGCCCUUGCUUACUUCGAAAUUCGGUUAAUCCUAUGCAAACUACUGUUCAACUUCGAUAUCACCCUCUCCCCAGAAUCUAUCAAUUGGCUUGAUCAGAAAGUUUACUUCAUUUGGGAGAAACCUCCUCUGAUGGUUAAGCUGACAGAUCGAUUUCCCGAUGCUGAGCUUCCACUCCAGGAGCCUUUGACCAUGUCCUCCAAGUGA